CGGGAAAGGGCGCAGGGAGCUGAGACAGACCGAGUGACAGCGUCCGAGUCCCGGGGAGGAAGAUCAGGGAAUCUCCGUGGAAAAGCCCUGCAACGCGGUCAAGAUGCCGAACAAAACCAAGAAGGAAAAGGAAAACACCAAAUCAGCCAAAACCAGCACAAAGAACAGCAGCAGCGGCGGGAAGGAUGCAGCCCCAGAGAACUCAGAUGAGUCCCAGCAGCAGCAGAGCGGCAGUAAGCGUCCCAGUAACAGCACGCCUCCUCCUACUCAGCUCAACAAGAUCAAAUACUCUGGAGGUCCUCAGCUGGUGAAGAAGGAGCGCCGACAGAGCUCAUCCCGCUUUAGCCUGACCAAAAACAGAGAGCUGCAGAAGCUGCCUGCCCUCAAAGACUCACCCCCGAUGGAGCGCGAGGAGCUGUUUGUCCAGAAGCUGCGUCAGUGCUGCGUGCUCUUCGACUUUGUCAGUGACCCGCUCAGCGACCUCAAAUACAAGGAGGUGAAGAGGGCGGGGCUUAACGAGAUGGUGGAGUACAUCACGCACAACAGCGAAGUGGUGACUGAGUCCAUUUACCCCGAGGCCGUCAUCAUGUUUUCAGUCAACGUGUUCCGGACUCUACCUCCAUCCUCCAACCCGACUGGAGCUGAGUUUGACCCCGAGGAGGACGAGCCAACAUUGGAGGCGGCUUGGCCUCACCUGCAGCUCGUGUAUGAGUUCUUCCUUCGCUUCCUGGAGUCUCCAGACUUCCAGCCAAACAUCGCUAAAAAAUACAUCGACCAAAAGUUUGUACUGUCGCUGCUGGAGCUGUUUGACAGUGAGGAUCCCCGAGAGAGAGACUUCCUGAAGACCAUCCUCCAUCGGAUCUAUGGCAAGUUCCUCGGCCUCCGUGCCUACAUCCGCCGCCAGAUCAACAACAUCUUCUACAGGUUCAUCUAUGAGACAGAACAUCACAACGGCAUCGCUGAGCUGCUGGAGAUCCUGGGCAGCAUCAUCAAUGGCUUCGCACUGCCUCUCAAAGAAGAACACAAGAUGUUCCUGAUCCGGGUUCUGCUGCCACUGCAUAAAGUCAAGUCUCUGAGCGUGUACCACCCACAGCUGGCCUACUGUGUGGUCCAGUUCCUGGAGAAGGACAGCAGUCUGACCGAGCCUGUGAUCAUGGGUUUGCUGAAGUUCUGGCCAAAGACUCACAGUCCGAAGGAGGUGAUGUUCCUGAACGAGCUGGAGGAGAUUCUGGACGUCAUUGAGCCAUCCGAGUUCGUCAAAGUCCAGGAGCCGCUCUUCAGACAGCUCGCCAAGUGUGUCUCCAGCCCGCACUUCCAGGUGGCAGAGAGAGCGCUGUAUUAUUGGAACAAUGAAUACAUCAUGAGCCUGAUCAGCGACAAUGCUGCCAAGAUCCUCCCCAUCAUGUUCCCCGCCCUCUACAAGAACUCCAAGAGCCACUGGAACAAGACGAUCCACGGUCUGAUCUACAACGCCCUGAAGCUCUUCAUGGAGAUGAACCAGAAGCUGUUUGAUGAUUGCACGCAGCAGUACAAGGCUGAGAAACAGAAGGAGAAGUACAAGCUGAAGGAGAGAGAGGAGAUCUGGCACAAGAUCGAGGAGCUGGCUCGACAGAAUCCUCAGAGCAGUAAGCUCCACCCCCUGCGCCCAGGACUCCACCCACAGGAAGAGUACAUGGUGUACAGCAACAGCAGUGUCGCCGUGUACUCGAUGGAAACAGAGACUCCGACAGCCGAAGACAUCCAGCUGCUGAAGAAGACCGUGGAGAGCGAGGCCUCACAGGGUCUGAAGGAUCUGAAGAAGGAUAAGGUCCUGAUGAGGAGGAAGUCGGAGCUGCCGCAGGACGUCUACACCAUCAAAGCUCUGGAGGCCCACAAGCGGGCUGAGGAGUACCUUACAGCCAAUCAGGAGGCUCUCUGACCGGGAAGACGGCCCCUCCUGAGCCUGACUCCGCCCCCCUCGCAUCCGUCUCCCUGGGGAGGAAGUUAACGCUGUCCUGGAGAACCUGGUCCCAGGUCAGACGAGGACGGAGCUGAUGCUGUGUUCACCAAAAAUUUUUUAAAAGAACCUCAGCUCUGCCCCCUGGUGGCCGAUCACACGUAGGACACUGUAGAAGCUCCGUCUGUCCACGUGCUGUUUAAAGUGUGUCAGCGGUCCUCCGUGAUUGGACAUCAGCUUCAUGUUGCACUAACACCCUCACACCUCCACCUGCGCUUUAACUCCUGCUGCUGCUUGUUCUGAACCCACCACGAACUCACGUCAGACACCUGAAUGCAUCUCCAGCAGCUUGUCCCUCUGCAGGAAGCGGCGCCACGUGACCUGCAGCUGCCUUCUCUGCGUCUGCUUCACGCGCCACACGGUUACGGAGACGGUUCGUCUCUCCGGCGGUCUCAGCAUUUCAUCCGUCUGAAACCUGCAACUCCCAAAAUCUCUCCUCAGAAAUAAAAACAAAACUUCAGUCAAUAAACUCAGCAUUUCAGAAUAAAGGGAUCAGCUGUAUCGGCUUCACAUUUCAAAAUAAAAGCAUUAACCCUGAUAGAGGCAGAGCGUUUCUGUGGAAGCAGACGCAGAGUGGGCGGGGCUUGGUGGUCCCAGUGGAAGUGGCUGCAGCCUAUCACCUCUGUCCUGUUGCAGCGCUGAUGCGUUCACUGACUCACUUAGUUCUCCAACAGCAGCUUCACUCCGCAGCCCCACCCCCACAGGCUGGCAGCUGAUUGGCUAGUCUGUACGUGCGGCGGACUCACGCAGACUGAUGAUGAUGAUGAUGAUGAUAAUGUGGAAGACGCAGUGAAUGUAGACGUCCAAUCAGAAAACCCCGCCCCCCACUUUAUUUUUUAUGGCUUCGUCUGCAUGGAAGCCUUGACCGUUAACCAAUGAGAGGAGCCGUGUGUACGAGGAAGCGUUUCGUCUGCUGGAAAACAGAACUGAAUGUGUGAGGUGGCAGCAGCUCGCUGGGUCAAAGGUCAAAGGCUGAGAAGCUUCUGAUGUCACCGGGUUGAUUACUAAUCAGUUACUGAUUCAGAGAAACUUGUUGGUGCCGUUAAAGCACCACAGAAGAAGACAGAAGGUCACACAGAACAGUUAACAUGAGGAAGGUCAUGGCCUCAUCCAAAAACUAGUUUUCAUUUAGAUUUUAUUUUUUCUAUUUUGCCUGUUCUUCUGUUUGAAUUUCGCUUUUUGACUUCAUUUUUUCAUCCUUUGUUCUCCAAAUGUUAAAAAUUCCUCUGUUUUCAUUUUGAUGUUCAGAAUAAAAACAGAUUUCCUCAUGUAUGGCGAAGGAUUUCAAAGGAUGUGAUUGGCUCGUACGCUUGGAUGCCAUGGAAACUGCAGUUUCCUGUUUGGCGUCGCUGGUGUGAAAUCAGUUGUACUAAUUUAGCUUCUCAGGUGAUUUCUGAGUGUUUUUCAGUUUAUCUGUAUCAGGGGUCCUCACAUCCAGGCCUCGAGGGCCGAAGUCCUGCAGGUUUUAGAUGUGUCCCUGAUCCAACACACCUGAAUCAAAUGGCUGAAUUACCUCCUCAGUAGGGGCAGCAC